AUGGGAGAGUCAGAUACGGCAAAACUAUAUUACUGUGGCGAAGGUGAUGGUAUUGAGGGUUUUCUUUAUGACUUUGAAAGUUAUUCUAUGUCUAAAAAUUGGAAUGAGGCGACCAAGUGUAGAAUGGUAUGUGUUCAUGUACCAGAAAGAAUGAGAACGUGGAUUCGGGAACUAAUUAAGACGGCAAAGGAUGACUGGGAGGAGACUGUGCGAGAAUACAUAAAUAGAUUUGAGGCUUACAUGGAACCAAUUAAGGAUGUCGUAAUAAAAGAUGAAAAGCUUGACUGGUUCCUUGAAGAACUUAAGGAUCCAUUUAGGACUAGAGUAGAAUUUCAUUGCCCUAAAAAAUAUGAUAAUGCAAGGGAAUGGGCUUUGCAAGUUGAAAAUUAUCGAAGAAAAAAGGAAUGUAAAGACGUACAAAAGGAUACAGUUACUCAAGAAGAAGUUAAUCACUCAAUUCAGAGUGAGAUUGAUGAACUGACAGCCGCUUUCAGUGAUAUUAAGAUCAAUCGUGUAGAUCAGCCAUCUAUAAAACGUGAAGAAAUAGAGUCAAUUAUCAAAGAAGUCUUAACAAGGACGAAGAAAGGCAAAGACAAGAAUUGGAAUCAAGCAAGUGGUUCAAGAGUAAUAAAAUGUUUUAGUUGUUAUGAAGAAGGUCAUAUGGCACGAAAUUGCCCAAAACAAAACUAUCCCAAAGAAAAUAAAAGUGAUGAUGUUUAG